CUCAAGUCUGCCCGGUCCUAGUCCAGCACUCUAACCACUACACUACGCUGGCUCUUGGUGGCUAUAUGGUGAUGACAGAUGGUGAUUCUAUAUUUUUAAGGACAUCAGGUGAAUUAUAGAGAGCAACAUGGAACAAACACUGAACAAGUAAUCAGUAAAGUGGAUGCCACGCAAAGGAUCAGUUCCUGAAAGGACACAACAGCAAUGAGCAGAAAGGAAGGGGUACCAUUUUGAACUGUACCAGCUGAGAACAGCACCCCUUCCUUCACUAGACCCACGGGUUGAGCGAUCAUGGGUUCCCCAGAGAGAUCCUUGGAGGAUAUUGUACAAGAAACAAUUGUAAACCCUAGCCCGAGAAAGCGGUAUAUUAGUACAAGUUCUGAUGAUGAGAAAUUCCCACCAGCUAAGCGUCCCGAAGAAGAAGACCAAGAACUUUAUGAAAUCUGGCAGGGAAUCUUGGAAGAUGCAGCAGCAGAAUCUUUUGGAGCUCAGGUAAAUAAACACUGUUGGUGUUACAGACUUGGGGAGUAUGUGAGAGUUCCCAGGGCUGCAACAUAAAAACUGUGUUCUUUAAUGUUUUCCCAGGAGGGUGAGGACCGCGGCCUUGACACACUGCCUCUAGCAAUAUGGAACUAUACAGAGCCCGGGAACAUGCAUAUCAGGGUGCGUAUGGAGAAUUUAGGGGUGGGAAUAUCUCUUUUAAAAGAAAGAUAGAAAGAAAUAGUAAUAACAGCAUACCUUCCCCAUCCUACAGAAUCCUCCCGCUGUGAGAACGCAUCAACCCAGCCAUGUUACUAUGCAGAAUUUCCUAGGACUACAAGUGGAUGAUUCAGAUUACAUACCAGCAAGGAAAAGACGUUCUGCUAUGAAAGGCCUUGUCAGAGCGGGGGUAUAUGGAAUUUUAAAAUACUGCCUGAAGAAUUACAUGUAUGAUUCAUGCUACGGGUGUAUGGUUCAAGCAGGGGGGCAAGACUCACAUGAAUGUGUUACUUGGACCGAUAGAAAUGUUUCCAGAUUUAUUAGAACAUUGUCAUCAAGGAUGUGUGUGAAAGCAGUGCUCCACAUAAUUAUUAUAAUUGCUUACAGCUUGAAAAUGUUAUUGCUAUCUAGUGAUACCGUGAAUCAGACUCUAAACCUCAUCAGCAGGGUUAAGGGUUCUGAUGACCCGCAGGCUGUGUUAGAAGCUAUCCCACAACAGAACGAUUCCAGAAUGCUCUCUUUUGUGAACUGUGUCCUCGAAAAAAGGGGAUACAGACAGUUUCUUGUUCCAGAGAUACCUGAAUAAAUUCCCUCGCAAAAGUCUAAUGGAACUGUUGUACACGACUGCCCUCUAGUGGUAUGUGGGUUUUUUUUGCUUUUUUGUUGUUGUUGUUAAUACAUUCUUCCUAGAAUACUGACUGUUUUUGUAUGUCUAUUAAAAUACUAUAUUAUUAUGUAUCAAUUCAUAAAUAAAUAAAAUAACCCUGGCUCUAAACAAAUGACUGCUUUAUUUUUGCUGGGGAUACCCUAUUACAGAUAUAUUUACAAGGAACUUCACCAGCCCUGAGGGUUCUGUAGUAGGUUGGGGUCCAACAAGAGGAUGCGUUCAUCAGACAAUGGGUCCUUUAGCAGUGGGGAGAUAAUCCCAUCAGCCAUCAUGAAUCUUUUACCACUCCCCUAACCAGCAUGCUGGUGGACAUCCAAUCAGAAAGGUCUUGCAAGACCAUGUGGGCAUAGAACUCACGUUGAUAAAACUAGUUUGAAGCAGGAAGUCUUUCUCUUUCGCCCAGAAGCACUCCCCAGAAGCAGGACCCUGCAGAGAAAGAAGUCUGUGCACUCACCAAAACAAAGAAAGAAAAACACCACCAAAGAAGAUGAGCAUAAGGGAUGAUGAAAUGAGCAAUCUUCUCGAUAUCCCUCAAGAUAUGGAAAAUGUUGUUCAAGCCCCUCGGUCUGGGAGAGCCACUUUUUCGCUCUCAAAGGGUUCGGACCCAUAUCUCAUCCCAAAGGAUGAGGUUCUCACAUCACAGGCUGUUAGAAACACAGUAUCUGAUGGCAUAGGGCAGAGAAGUGAUGAUAACAUAGUGGACCUGACAAAUACCCAGGACGGGUUGCGGAAUCUGACUGAGAGUGCUCUAGAGGAAGAACCUGAACCAGCCCCCGCACGUCUAAGCAGAUUGAAGAGAAAAGCAAAGAGUAAGGAUGUAGUAUCCCAUGAACAGCAUCAACCCGGACACAUGGCGCCCAGGGACUCCGACGUGGAGGUGCAGCCAGCCUACAAAAAAACCAGAAAGGCUAUCCUGGAACCUGAACAUGAACCGGGGGUCCGUGAUGUCCAAGAGUUGAACGCCCAAGAUAACGAGUUCUUGGCCAGCAUGGCACGUGUUACAGAACACAUAGAGACAUUGAUAAGGACUAGGGCUGUGGCUUUUGAACGCAAGGCCGAAGCUGAGCAACACCUUGAACAAGCAAAACGCAUUAUACGUAAACAAAUGGCGGUGAUUAGUGAUACUUCACAACAGCUAGAAUGUCUAAAGACAUGUGCAAACCCUGUGUGUGAUUUCGUAGACAGAAAUAAAAAAGAUCAACCAUACCCUGUCUGCAUACAGGUGGGGGGAGGGUCCACAUCUAACCACCAGCCAGGAGGGUAUAGGAAUGCUUCUGAUUCUUCAGACGAAUUUGAACCAUCCGAGGAGUCACCUAGUGGCCCCGGUCCUCAGAAUGCUUUUACUGAACAGUGUGAAACCCAGAAUGGGUCCUCUCUAGGUGAGGCUUCUGAUGUUGGCCCGAAUGCCACCCCCAAAGAGCGGGCUACCCACAGCGGAGCUUCUCGAGGAGGCUUGGCGUUCGAUGUUGGACCUGCAGCGGGUUCCCAACAGUUCUCUUCUGAAGAAGCAGCAGGCAUUUCUGAAGAAACCCCACCUGUGGAUCUUCAGUUUAUACAGCGUUAUAAUAGGAGCUAUGCAUGCUUUAAUGGAACUGAAAUGUAUUACGAAUUCAAGUUUGUGAAUUUGGACAGAGUACACUCCUUUUGUGAUGCGCUAUCUGGGAUGCAUUCUGCUAUUCAAAGGGUUUUGGAUAAUAUAAACAACCAUAUAGAACCAGGGGACUUUGUACAGCUCAGAUUGCGAGCGCCAGGGAUUUCAAACCCCCUUUACUCAGCAAGGAGACAGGCAGGCCAUCUGAACGCUGAGGCAUUCCUAAGCGCUAUAUCUAAUCUGCUUCAAAGUUAUGCACAAAUUUUAGCUGAUGGUGUAUUAACACUGGCUGUGAUUGUCAUCACACCCCCACGAGGAGCCGGUCGCAGGCAUAUAAAAUCAAUACCCUAUAGCAGCAUUAUACAGAAAAAGAGGCUGCAUCUGAUAGAUGUCCCCAUGCCUAACACAGCCCUCUGUUUUGCAGCGAGUCUCAUGGCUGUUCUAGAUUUGAGAGCCACCGCUACACAGAUAAAAAAGGGAGCAAAAAAGUUGUACCAGGAUCUUGGGUGGAGUGAGCAAAAACAAGUGUCUUAUGCAGACGUGGAAACCGUAGAGACACACAUGAAGGUCAAUAUUGUUGUUGUGCAAUGGGGAACUUCUGGAUGGAGUAUUUUAAAAACUCCUGAACAGAAGUACCUCAAAACCUGUUUUCUGUUACUUCAUAAGGAUCAUUAUUAUGGGGUUAAGAACAUCAAGGGGUUUUUUGGGACCAGAAAUUUUUUUUAUGUCUGCUACACGCCCUACAGACACACACACGACUGUUUGAUGAGGUGCCACCGCUGUUUAGAGGCUGGAUGUGUAAAACACGUGGGGCGUGUAAUCAGAUGCCCCAAAUGCAAGAUGCAGUGUAGAUCACAUGAGUGUCUAGGAAAGCAUAUGAAGCUCGCCGCCGUGGGGCGGGUAGAAUGCAUCCCGCGUGAUCUAUGUGAAAAGUGCUUCCGCUAUGUCGAGCUGGGUCAUGAAACUGAACGCAUCUGUAGGGGAAAGCAGUGCCGUGUCUGUUAUGAGUACCUUUCCCCCGGGGUAGAACACGCGUGUUACAUUCCACGUCUACAGUACCCCGAGAUAUCAGUAAAAUAUGUGUUUUAUGACUGCGAAUGCAGGCAGGAGGAUGGGGUCCACGUCCCAAACUAUAUUUAUGCCAAGGCCUUUGAAGGGGAGACUGUGGAACCUGUUAAAGCAUAUCAAGAGAAACAGAAAGAUUGGGAGAAGUGGGGGCCCCAAGGGGAUUAUUGGGAAUUUAAGGGAGAUAAAUGUCUGAAUGAGUUUGUAUUACGUUUUACAUCAGAUAAUAAGUUUAUGGGGUGCACUUUUCUGGCUCACAACUCGCGGAGCUACGAUGGCAUUUUGAUACUGAGAGAGCUAAUCAAUGAAGGCCUCGAUGUAGAGCUGCUCACACAGGGGGGAAAACUGCUGUGUAUAACAGUUACAAAAAAUGACAUAAAAUUUAUAGAUUCCCUAUGCCACCUACCCAUGGCUCUAGCAAAACUCCCCAAAGCUAUGGGUUUUCAGGGCUGCAAGGGCUAUUUCCCACAUUUCUUUAAUAAAAAAGAAAAUGAGAGUUAUGUUGGGAAUAUGCCAGACCCCCAGGACUACGGUGUGGAUGCUAUGAAGCCUGCAGAUAGGGAAGAAUUCAUGAAGUGGUAUGAGGAAAACAAAUCAAAAACGUUUGAUAUGCAGAAGGAAUUGGCCUAUUACUGUCAGAAAGAUGUAGACAUCCUGAUGCAGGCCUGUACAAAAUAUAGACAUGAAUUGGUUGAGAUGACAUGGGAUGUCGUUGAUAAACCUAUGGGGAGGAAAAAUGCCAGGGUGCUGGUGGGUAUUGACCCCUUCCAAUACCCUACGCUUGCUAGUGUGUGCUUAAGAAUGUACCGCUACAAGUAUCUGAAAGAUGAAGAGAUCGCCAUACCGGCCCCAGAUAACUACCAUCAUCAGUGCAAAAGAUUCUCAACUAUGUCCAUUCAAUGGUUGGAAUACAUAGCCCACAGGGAAAACAUACAUAUUCAACACGCUUUGAAAGGGGGUGAGUUUAAGGUUGAUAUUCCUCAGGAGCUUCAGGAGGCGUCGGGGGGUGUUAAGGCAUAUUAUUUAGAUGGUUAUUCUGUGAAUGGGGGAAAGAAAUGUGCUUUUGAAUUUAAUGGCUGCUUUUAUCACGGGUGUGUAACCUGUUAUUCAGCACACAAACAGCACCCCAUGUUGUCGGAAACCUAUGGUUUUCUCUACAAUGCUAGUGAGAGGAAAGCAGAUGUCUUAAAACGCAUGGGGUUUGAAGUCCGUUGUAUAUGGGAGCAUGAGUGGCGUGACAUGGUCAAGGGGGAUCAGAAGGUGGUAGAUUUUCUGAAGCAGCAGGGAUUUCCAGAACCUCUGGAACCUAGAGAUGCGUUGUUUGGGGGCAGGACAGGAUGUGUGAGUCUGUAUUAUGAGGCGAAGGAGGGAGAACAGAUUCACUACUCAGAUUUUACCUCUCUCUAUCCAUUUAUCAUGCGAAAUCGCCAGUUUCCCAUAGGACACCCUAAAGUAAUUUAUGACGAUUUUAGACCACUCUCUGAAUAUUUUGGAAUUGCCAAGGUGAAGGUAUACCCACCACGCCGUCUCUUUUUCCCUGUCCUCCCUGUCAAAGUGAACGGGAAGCUCAUGUUUCCGCUGUGCAGUCUCUGUGCAGACUCACAGCAGCUGGAGCAAUGCAGGCACAAUGAUGAGGAAAGGGCUUUAGUGGGUACAUGGUGCACUGUAGAAUUGAAUGUUGCUGUGGCUAAAGGUUACAGGGUGGCACAGAUCUAUGAGGUUUGGCAUUUUGAAAGGAGUUCUGGCAGCCUCUUUUCAGAGUACGUCAAAACAUUUCUCAGACAGAAGCAAGAGGCAUCGGGCUACCCAGCAGAGUAUGUCAGCAGGGAGGAUAGGGAGAAAUACAUUGCUGAGUAUUAUAAGAAAGAAGGUGUGUGUUUACGCCCCGAGAUGAUUGAAUCAAAUCCUGCUAAACGCCAGAUAGCCAAGCUUUUCUUAAAUUCCUUGUGGGGGAAAUUUGCUCAGAGGUCAAACCUUCCUAGGACAUCCAUAGUAAAAAGCCCUAAUGAGCUUUUCCAAUACCUCUUUUCAGAUAGCUAUGAGGUCUCUAUGUGUGAAUUCCUUGAUGAUGAUACAUGUUGUGUGUCUUGGAAAGAUGCAAAAGAACGUAUAGUUCCACCAGGUCACACAAAUGUUUUUCUGGCGUGCUUUACAACCGCCUAUGCACGCCUGCAUUUGUACUCUAUCAUGGAGAAGCUGGGGGAACGGUGCCUGUACCAUGACACAGAUUCUGUGAUCUAUGUGUCUCGUGAGGGGGAGUACAACCCACCCCUUGGAAACUUUUUAGGGGAGCUGACAAACGAACUACCGGCAGACCAGUACAUAACAGAGUUUGUGAGCACAGGUCCUAAAUCUUACGGCUACAAGCUGUCAGGGGGGGAAUCGUGUAUUAAGGUCAAGGGAAUUACUCUGAACUUUUCUAAUUGUCAAAAAAUUAAUUUUGACAGUCUGAAAAAUCUGGUUUUUGCCUACGUUUCGGACCGGAACCCGCCACGUGAGAUUGUGGUAGAGCAGAAUGGCAUCGUUAGAAAUAAGAGGAGAUGGGAGAUAGAAACACGUCUUUUGAGGAAGACGCAGAGAGUGGUGUUUGAUAAGCGCGUCAUCGUUGAGGGUUUUAAGACUAUCCCCUACGGGUAUUAAAAUGGAUGUUCGAUGGCAACACCCCUUCUCCGCUAUCCUUGCGGGACCAAGCAAUAGCGGAAAAACAUUUUUCCUUAAAAAAAUGCUGGACAAUGCACACAGUGUGCUAUCUGUGAUGCCUGAAAAAAUCGUAUGGUGUUACUCUUGUUGGCAACCUUUGUACAAACAAAUGCUCUGUAAAUACCCUAUGAUAAAAUUUGUAGAAGGUAUGCCUGAGAAAAUUGAUGAUGAUGGCUUGUUACCCCCAAAUAAAAUCUGUUUUCUUGUUCUGGA